AUCUCUUGUGUUUAAAAUGUAAAUACUUUCAAUAAUGUUAAACCUGUGCCAGUCAUCUUAUGAAAUAUUCGUUUAACUUUUAACGGAGGGAGACUUUCCUACUUUUCUCAGCUUCUGGUGCCACGUGACAGGACAAGUGUCCCGGAGGAAGCGGAAGUGACGCGUGCCCGCUCGGGACACGUGUGCUGGAGUUUCCAUAGUAACUGUGCGGGAGCGAUGAGUCUGGGUCUCGCUUUUACCCGUUUAGGGGGAGCGGUGGCCUCCCGGCUGAUCGCUGCGUCCUCCGGGUGUCCGCUCCGGCUAUUCCUUGCCGGCGGCCGGCCUCUACCCCACGGCAGAAGCCUCUGGAUCGGCCGGAGCAGGCGGGCCGCCGUCGGUGCGAGCCAGGCCGCCGCCACCCACUAUCAGCUGGUCUACACCUGCAAGGUGUGUAAUGAAAGAUCUGCCAAGAGGAUUUCCAAACUUGCUUAUCACAAUGGAGUGGUUAUUGUAAAGUGCCCUGGGUGCAGCAAUCAUCAUAUCAUAGCUGACAAUUUGGGAUGGUUUUCAGACCUAGAAGGAAAAAAGAAUAUUGAAGAAAUACUGGCUGCGAAAGGAGAAAAAGUUCAGCGUGUGGUUGGUGAUGGCUCCCUGGAGAUCAUGACAGAAGUAGUGAAUGACAAACUUGGAGAUCCAGCUGAAGGAGAUGUUUCUCAGGACGCCCUGAGCUCUGGAGAGCAACUGAAAUCCUGAUACUGUUGCCAGUGUGCAAAGUUUUGGUGAAGGAGAAUAGCACUUGUGACCUUGGAAUUGCCAUUUUAUUAGAGUUUGGCUGAACUUGACAGGAAAUUUCACAAAUUAGACAGUAACAAGCUUAAGAAAUUGCAGAUGGCACAGUAAGGCUGCAGGUUGUCUGAUCUACAGAAUACAGUGAAGAAAUUGGCAAAUGAUUCAACACCUUCUCUAAUCCAAAAAAGGACAUGGGCACCAGAUCCAUGAAAAUAUCAGUUGAAAGUUCACCUCCACACAGCAUCCUAAUUGAAAAUAUUCUGUUUUUAUGUCAUCAUCUUGGAGUCAAAACAGUGACAUUACACAGGCAUACCAGCUUGAGGCAGCCUAACAGCUUCCUUGGGUCAAUUAGGGAUGGACCCUGCCAAAUGCAUUCACAUCUACAAAUUGAUUGAUAAAAGCUAGUAGCCAAUAGACUUCAGAGGUGCCUCAGAAGAAUUAUGAAAAUAUAUUUUUAUAAUUAUGUAGAAUUGUUUCUUCAGAGGAAAAGAACCUCAUUCAGAGAAAGAUAAUGGAUAGCAGGUUAGCUCAGUGAGUAAUCUUCUGAAAUCAUUCUACAGAAGGCCAUUCAAAGAGAAAAAAGUUGGACAAAUUGAGGAUAGAAUGGUGCAACUCUUUCCAAGUUUCUUUAAAAUGAAAAUAAAAGAUUGACAGGUUGUAGCAUGGACAAAGUAAUCCUUCUAGCUAAGUGAAAGUUAAUUUUCAGGCUGAUUGUA